AUGUCCUGGUGGACUUUCUGUCCCCGCUCCUUCUCUGUGAGACCAUGCUUCCUCCUCUCCCUGUUUGCUUCACUGCUGGCCUUCUCCUGGAUCACGGCAGCCCACGGGAAGGCAUCCUACGUAGAAGAUGUCCGCAGAGUAUGUGGAUACGCCAGGUAUCCGCAACAUUGCGUUGACACCCUGCUUUCUAGACGUGAGCCAUCGUUCAGACAGGAUUUUGCUGGCGUUGCUUCCGUUCUUGUAGAGACGAUCCGAGAUGAGGUGACGCCGGGAGUUUCCAUGUCCUCAUCACUUGAGGCUGUGGAAAUAUUAGGGGCACGAGAAGCCAUAGGUAGGCGAUAUUUGCAAGGGCUCUCAAUUUAUACGUACUCGUGAUUACAAGUUUACCUUAUAUGGGCCAGCAGAUAUCACGUACUGAUCCCUGUGGCAUGACUUGCAGAUUACUGUAAUGAGCUUAUGGAGAUAUCCAUUAGAAGGCUCAAUCAGUCCCUGAAUGCGCUCGAGGUCGCACCUGUCAAGGACAAACAGAACAUCCAGACAUGGUUGAGCGCCGUGAUCACCUUUCAGGAAUCGUGCAAAGACUCCGUCAGCGAGCUACCCAGAGCGUUGUCAAAGGAAGUGUCCACCAAGAUGGAUCACCUGGCCGUGCUAUCUAGCAAUGCUCUCGCCCUCGCCAAUCGAAUCCCCGAGGAUGGGAAAACCGGGGUGACCCCCCGCCACGUCUCCGAGAAGGAUUUUCCGACAUGAGUCUCAAAGAAGGACCGCAAGCUCCUUGGUAGCGCCGAUAUAAAGGCAACUGCGGUGGUGGCGGCGGACGGCUCCGGGGAUUACACCUCGAUAAGAGCCGCGCUUGCUAGUGCGUCUUCUGGCGGUGGUCAAACUGUGAUCUUCAUUAAGGAAGGAGUGUACAAGGAGAAGCUCACCGUGAGCAAAGACGACGUGACGUUGGUGGGAGAGGGAAAGUACAAAACGAUCAUCACAUACGAUUCCAGCGUCGUUGGCGGCGCAACCACGACAAGCUCUGCAACCGUUGGUAUGUUUACCGUAAUACUUGCAUAUAUCCCAUGUGAGGAAACAAAUGACAAAUCCUGUGGAGUAUCGCUCGCUUAUGGCUUUUCAUAAACAUUAGCUUCAUUCAUCUGACGAUAAAAGUUGGGUUCCAAAGAUGCUGACUUUUGUAGAAAAUUAUGUGGGUAAAUCUUUUUCUCAUGGAGGCUACAUGUUUAUCAUGGGUCCUCAUCAUCAACAGGUGUAAGAUUUGUCCUCGAAUUUCACUCUUUAAGACAGUUAGUGUCCUUGAGGACGCCGUCUUUUGAACUAAACCGGUGUCCCUUGUAAUUGCAGUGGUAACAGGGGACAGAUUCAUCGCGAAGGACAUCGGAUUCGAGAACUCGGCAGGCCCCACCAGAGGCCAGGCCGUCGCCCUUCGAAUUCUUUCUGACCGCGCCGUCCUCUACCGGUGUAGCAUCCGGGGUUACCAAGACACGCUCCUCGCCCAAGCCUUCCGGCAGUUUUACCGGGAUUGCGACAUUUAUGGCACCGUUGACUUCAUCUUCGGAAACGCAGCCGCCAUCUUCCAGAGCUGCAACCUGGUUCUCUGCCGGCCGAGAUCAGGUGGCCGUAACGUGAUCAUGGCAAGCGGCAGGACGGACCCCGGCCAGAGUACGGGCUUCGUUGCACAGAAGUGCACAAUCCAAGCUAGCUCCGACCUCUCCCCCGUCCGCCACUCGGUUAGAUCUUACUUGGGGCGUCCGUGGAAGGAGUACGCGAGGGCGGUAAUCAUCCAGUCUAGCAUCGAUGAUUCCAUUCAUCCCAGAGGGUGGAUGGAAAAGGCCGGAGGGUUUGCUCUCUGCACGCUCUACUUCGCCGAGGGACUCAACAAUGGACCGGGCGCCAGAACCACAAGCCGGGUUGAUUGGCCCGGGUUCCACCUUAUUGGUUCCAGCGAGAGUUCCAAGUUCACAGUGUCAAAUUUCAUCCAGGGAACUUCAUGGAUUCCUUCAACGGGGGUGACCUAUCAACCCGGCCUUUAG